AUGAUGAUGAUGAUGAUGAUGAUGAUGAUGAUGAUGAUGAUGAUGAUGAUGAUGAUGAUGAUGAUGAUGAUGAUGAUGAUGAUGAUGAUGAUGAUGAUGAUGAUGAUGAUGAUGAUGAUGAUGAUGAUGAUGAUGAUGAUGAUGAUGAUGAUGAUGAUGAUGAUGAUGAUGAUGAUGAUGAUGAUGAUGAUGAUGAUGAUGAUGAUGAUGAUGAUGAUGAUGAUGAUGAUGAUGAUGAUGAUGAUGAUGAUGAUGAUGAUGAUGAUGAUGAUGAUGAUGAUGAUGAUGAUGAUGAUGAUGAUGAUGAUGAUGAUGAUGAUGAUGAUGAUGAUGAUGAUGAUGAUGAUGAUGAUGAUGAUGAUGAUGAUGAUGAUGAUGAUGAUGAUGAUGAUGAUGAUGAUGAUGAUGAUGAUGAUGAUGAUGAUGAUGAUGAUGAUGAUGAUGAUGAUGAUGAUGAUGAUGAUGAUGAUGAUGAUGAUGAUGAUGAUGAUGAUGAUGAUGAUGAUGAUGAUGAUGAUGGGAAUAAAUGUGUUAUUUAGUACAAUAACAAUAGACAUGUUGAUAUAA